AAACAAAGAAGGGGCAUUGGAAUUGGCAUGAUGGUUGUAGUUUAAGACAAGAAAAGGAAAGGCGGUGACAUAACGCAUAUAUAUUAGCACAAACACAACGCAUAUACGAUUACCAGUGGCAUAAAACAAAAACGCAUCUCAAAUAAAUUAGGUAUAACGCACGCCUUUAAAUUCUUCUAUUCUAUAAUUCUUGGUCGCCACGAAGCGUAACUAACAGAGAAAAAAAAACACCACAGAGAGAGAAAGAUAAAGAGAAAGAGAAUUAGAUUCUCGUAUUGGAAGAAGAAGAAGCUCUGGAUUCCACCUAUUCCCGUCCUUCGAGGCGGUUAUGCUUCUUAUUCUUCAGGGUGGUCUGGAUUUGAAUUUUAAGUGUUGUGACUUGUAUUCUGAGACAUGGAGGGAGUUUGUUUCUCAACAAAUUGCUACCAGUAUCGGUUUUUUGCAUUCCAAGAAGUCCUUGAUUGGCGAGUUUUCAUCCUUGGAAAUUUUCUUUUGGUUUCUUUUGUCAAUUGCACUUAGUGUUCUGUUCGUCUUCAAUGAUAAGCAAAGGUGCAUUGCUGACCCAACAUUUAGUUAAAACUUCUGUGGAAUCUUCUUUCCGGGCUUAAGCAUAGUCUGGUCACUGAAUAUUGGAUUCAGCCUGCAUCUUUGAGCAUUUGCAUUGAAUCAGUACAGACUGUAGUCUUUGGCAAUUGUCUUGGUUUUGCUCUUGAUGGGAUUUAUUGGUGACGAUACAUCAUUUACCUGAAGGCUCUGAAAUUUAUCUAGUGUUUAAUGCUAUUGCAUUGAUCAACAAGUUUGGCGGGACCCGAAAAGUCUCAGUAUGAUAUAUGAUACUUGUUCAUUUCUACCACCUUUGUGCUGCAAUCAUAACAAAGCCGUGGGUCUAUUACUAAAUAAUGCUGUGCAGCCCUUCCAUAAAAAAGUUUCUGUUUCUAUUCCCCCUUCUGACAUGACAGAAUAUUGAUGGUGGAUUUUUCUGGACCAGCAGGAACUUGUUAAUAUUUUAUACAUACUCUAUCAACUACAGGAGAUAAAUGCUAUUUAUCUUGUUUUUGUUCACAUUUGUUGAAUAAAGGAAGUUUUGCUUUGUAUUCCGCGGGAAAAUGGAGAGGUACAAAUUAAUCAAGGAAGUUGGUGAUGGAACAUUCGGUAGUGUCUGGAGAGCUAUUAGCAAGGAAACUGGUGAAGUUGUUGCAAUCAAGAAAAUGAAGAAGAAAUAUUACUCUUGGGAGGAGUGUGUAAACCUAAGAGAAGUCAAGUCUUUACGAAAAAUGAACCACCAAAAUAUUGUGAAACUGAAAGAAGUUAUUCGAGAAAGUGACAUUCUGUACUUUGUUUUUGAGUACAUGGAAUGCAACCUAUAUCAACUUAUGAAGGACAGGGAAAAAUUGUUUUCUGAAAGUGAAAUUAGAAACUGGUGUUUUCAAGUUUUCCAAGGUCUCGCUUACAUGCAUCAGCGUGGUUACUUCCAUCGUGACCUUAAACCUGAAAACUUACUGGUUACUAAGGAUGUUAUCAAAAUCGCUGAUUUUGGCCUCGCCCGUGAGAUCAGCUCACAACCACCCUACACUGAGUAUGUCUCCACACGAUGGUAUCGUGCUCCUGAAGUGCUGCUUCAGUCUUACAUCUAUGGCUCCAAAGUUGACAUGUGGGCGAUGGGUGCGAUAAUGGCUGAGCUGUUCUCUCUUCGACCUCUUUUUCCAGGAGCCAGUGAGGCAGAUGAGAUCUACAAAAUAUGUGGUGUGAUAGGCAAUCCAACUACUGAAUCAUGGGCCGAUGGACUCAAACUUGCAAGGGAUAUUAAUUAUCAGUUUCCACAGCUUGCUGGCGUAAAUCUUUCUGCUUUGGUACCAUCUGCAAGUGAUCAUGCAAUCAGCCUUAUCCAAUCACUUUGCUCCUGGGAUCCCUGCAAGAGGCCAACGGCUUUAGCGGCCCUUCAACAUCCUUUCUUUCAGAGUUGCUUUUACAUUCCUCCAUCCCUUCGCUCAAGAGCAGUAGCGGCGAGAACUCCUCCACCUGGAACCAGGGGUGCACUGGUGGAUGAUCAACAAUGGGUCAAGAGAUAUUCGGGUGCUCUACCCAAUUCAAAGCCCACCAAUUAUUUUCCAUCUCCAAAAGUACAACCUUUUUCAGGUGUACAGCGGAAGCUGGAUAUGGUAAAUCAGGAUGGAGUUAAGAAUGAAAAACCAAUGAAGACUACUACACAAUCAAAAUAUCGACUGCCAGGAAAGGAAAGUCCAACUUCUAUGAACAAAGGAAGAACUACACGCGGGGUUUCAGAAACAACUGAGAGGUUGGCCAAUAUGUCUAUUGGUAAUCAAAGACAAGCCAUGGGGCAACCCCGCCCUCCAAUGAAAGCUGGAGUUAAUUGGAGUUCCGAAUCUCCUAACUUCAUGCUCAGGCCUGCACCACAGAUUCCGACUGGAAGAACAUACCCAAGAAAAGUUGCUGGAUGAGAAGUACGAGCAUCAAUAUCGCGAAUGACCUGAUUUACAUAAUACAUAUGGGUUGUGGUCGUGUUAUGUUUACUACAAAAAAAAAAGUAUUGCCUAUGUUAUUUGGUUGUCGUUUCAUACUGUGUUGUGGGAUAAACACACGAGCUGAUGCUGUUUAAUAGGUAUGGACUACUAUGAUGUGUCUGUCAGAGGCACUCAUAAAUCAUGCCUGGGUUUGCUUGGUUCACAAGACAAUAAUGUAGAAAUGCUGGUCUUAAUUACAACACCUGUACACGAUGUUUGGAUCACUUAUGUUUUUAUUUUAAUAAAUAAAAUGUGAAAGUCUUUUUGUGAGUAA